GUGUCUUUAGUGUAUGCUUUUCAAGUCAACAGCUUCGCGAAGAAGGAAAGAGUUGUGCUUAUUAGAUCAUCGACAACAAUAGUGGAGGAAGGAAGGAAGGGUUUUGAGUUUCACAAAUGGAACUUCCAACUCCAAGAAAUGAUUCUCAAGAAGAAGAAGAAGAAGAAGAAGAAGAGAUGACUAUAUAUUUGAAAGUCAUGAAAACGUCGACGAUGAAAGUUCAGAGAUCAGAUACAAUUGGAACUAUCAAAUCUGCGUUUUGUGAGAAGGAAGGAAUUCCUAAAAGUUUCCAAGAACUUUUUUUUAACGGUGACCGGCUCAAGGAUGACCAGAGAGUGGUUGAUUAUGGUAUUCCGAAAGAUGCCACUCUGCAUAUGAUUCUUCAGAGUUCAGUUGGGGUGAAAUUGUUAGUCGUUAUACCAUCACGCCAGAAAAGUGUUGUGGUUGAAGCAAGGACUUAUGAUACCGUCCAAAAAAUUAAGGCUGUAAUUCUUGAGAAGGAACAAAUUCUUCCACAUCAGUACAAUCUUGUCUAUGCUGGAGAAGUGCUCGAAGAUGAUAGGAGUUUGGCCUCUCUGAAUUUGCAAAGCGAGCCAACCCUUCAUUUGAUUUUCAAUCCGAAAGAUUUGUUGUCAUUUUCUGUAAUCACACCUGCAGGGGAAACUGUGAAGCUCAAAGUUAAAUUCCUGUAUUCUGUUUCUGAGGUCAAAGCAAUAAUUGGUGGCGUGAUUGGUGUCCCAGUCAGUGAUUAUGAUCUAAUCUACCAAGGCAAGAAGCUUGAGGAUUCCAAUUCAUUGGCUUGUUAUGACCUCCAAGAAGAAUCUAUCUUGGAGAUGUCACCCCAGACAUUUCAGGUAUUUGUGAAGGCGUGGAGUGGGAAAACCAUAACUCUGAAUGUUCACCAACGUGAUACUGUUGAAGAUGUGAAGGACAAGAUUUUCCAAAAGCUUGGCGGGCCAAGCUAUUGUCAGAGCAUUGUAUUUUCUGGAAAGCGACUUGAGGCAAACCUUGAUCUGGCAUAUUACAACAUCAGGAAGAAUGCUACACUUCAUAUGGUUUUCUCACCUUCAACAAUAACCACCAAAAUGGGAUUGUCUCAAAUCGGGGCUGAACCGAACUCCUCCGCUAGAAUUCGUGAUUUAAAGGCUAUGAUCCAAAAUAAACUUCCCAGCACGGUAAAGGAAGUAUAUUUCCGUGAGAUACCACUGCAGGAUGAGUGCUCUAUAGCUAGUUACAACAUCGGUGAAAGUGAUGAGCUGACUGUUGUUUCUGAACAGCGCUGGUAAGAGUCUGGGGAAAGAUCGCCUGAUAUCUAGCACAGCCUGGUGAUAUGAUUGUGAUUUGUGUACAUGUUAUGUUGUUUUGUGCUUGAUUGCUCAUAAUAUUCUCGGUGCCUAUGAAUUUUGUGAACUAAAGUAAGAAGAAAAGUAACCUUCUCUUAUUAUGCUUUCGGUACUUCACAGAAAAAGGGGAGCGAAAUAGAAAAUGUAAUCAUCUGAGUUUAGGAUCA